UCUAAAAAGUUCAUCAAAGGGAAUUUCAGCUGUAAAUAUCACUUGAUCUUGUCACUGGAAUGUAUCACUCGGAUUUUAUGACAGGCUGGAGCCGAUGAACAAAAUGGAUAGGACCAAAAACAGCGGCGAAGCACCCCAAAUUAUUGAUGUGAUUUUGAAGGGUGGAAGUCCAUGGGGACUGUCCCUAAAAGGGGGCUUAGAGACAAGUUCAGCCCUUGUGAUUUCUAAGAUCGAACCAGGUGGUAGAGCGGCACAAGAAGGGAGUUUACGUGUCGGCGAUCUGAUCCUUUAUGUUAAUGAUAUACCAUGUGAUUCUAGAGCCGAGGCUAUCGGACUCGUGAGGAGUGCAGUCAGUUCGUUGUCUAUCACAGUGCAAAGGGGUGGUAUAGAUCAGAACACCACACCACGCACAACUCUCUUUCUCAAACGGUUUCGAGACUUCAGGGAAAAGGAGACAGAGAGGUUAGAGAAUCAAAGUAAAUAUGGUGCUAUCUACCAAUAUGAUGAUCGCCUGCCGUCACCACCCCCUCCUGACGAAUUGGAGAUAGAUUUGGAUACGGAUGAUUAUCAGAAUAGGUUUUCACCAGAACCCCCUCCAUGGCAGACUGACGAACCACCGUUUCACCGUCCACGUGCAGAAUCUCUACCGGCGCCACCUGUGUUAAACCAAGACAACAGAAGACUGUCCUACCCAGUAAUUCAGGCCGACUCAAACGAAGAUAUUCCGUGUGAAACUAUGCAAGUGCAUGGCGCAAAAUCUACUCCUAAUCUCAAUAUGGAUAAGUACGGUUAUCCUCGGCAGUUUCGCGGCCAUCAUGGUGGUGCUAAUAAACCUUACCGCGAUGUGAACGCUAACCCACCACCGCCCGUGUCUCGCGGGAGGCAUGGUGGUGUUUAUAACAAUUCAAAUAGUCAUUCGGGAUCAUCACACGCGCUGUCCAGCCUGGGCGGGAGUGGCACUGUUUACGAGAAAGACAGUCGAAGGAAUUCUGCAUCUUUUGGUAAUAGUCCGUUUUCGUCCUCAUAUGGGCAAGGAUACACAAACAAUGCAAUGAGGAGAGAGUCCUUUUCCUAUAAAGGAAGGGAUAGGGAUUCGUUUUCUUCCAAUAAAGGCAGAGACAGGGAUUCAUUUUCUAGUGGAAUAUCUUACCGUCCUUAUGAAAGAUCGAAUUACAACCGUUCAAAAGAUUAUGAAAACUUGUGUGAUAUUUCAACGGAUUAUGAGUCCGGUACAAAGUACCAGAGCCGAUCUAGUCCAAAUUUGUCGAGGAAUAGUCGAGACAGUAUAGCUAGUGACUACAGUGUUCGAACUCUGAUAAACAUAAGUCCAGAGCCGCCAGCUGUACCUCCGCGGCCCUCUAAUGUUGAUAUCGAUACCGGUUAUGCGCCUGCUCCCCCGGUGAGGGAUACUUCUUCUAGCUAUGGACGAUACAACCAUAACCACGAUCGCACCCCGUCAUGGCCUCCUGAAGCACAUGUGGAUCAAAUGCAAAAAUCGAGUUUGAAUGCUACCAUUGGUACAGAGUCAAGUUCAGAAAUCCGCAAACCGCGUGCCAGUUAUCCAUUCCAAGCUUCGUAUGAUAAACCGCUAAAACCAGAACCGGAGCCGCAGGUGGUAGAAAAUGACUCCCUGACUAGUCCGAAGAAACCGAAGUUUCAAACGGAUAUUAUUCACCACGCAAAAGUUGCCAAAGUCACGAACAUUGAAAAUGAGCUGGAUUUUGUCAAACCGUAUCCGUCGCUUGAUCCGAAAUCUGAAACAGAGGUCAGAAAUUUGUAUAAUAGUCCUCCCAGUUAUUUAUAUCCUAAUUAUGAAAGUGGUGCACACAAGUACUGUGAUAGAGACUUCAGGAUCCCAUCGCCUCCACAAAUGGUGGUGGCACCGCCAAAUGUCCAACAAACUCAAAUGAAUCCGCCCACAGUUGAAGCAUUAGAUCAGAAGCAGUUGGAUCAGAUGAUUGGGGAAUAUGUCGAAAGCUACAAAGCUCAUCAUAAGAAGAAAUCUAGUUCAGGUUAUCAUGACAACACCCAAGUGCCUAGGCCCAAUAUCCAUUCAAUGGCGACCUCCAUUAACGCUGCUGCUAAUCAGAAGGUGAACGUCUCAGUUAUUCGUAGUCCUAACGAUCCACACAACGGAAAGGACACCAGUCGUGCUUUCAUGUACCGUCCUAAACCACAUUACAGUACGAGUACCCAAACCGAUGAUCUCAGUCCGAUUGAACAAACUGCCGUCCCUCUUCGUGCUGCUCCAAUGGAAGUGAUCCCAGAUGAUGUGUUCACAGAUGAUGAACACAACAAGUCAACGAAUACAGACCAUGAUGUACCUGUGUUACGAAAUCAUAGAAGAUCGCAUCAGAGUUCGAACAGUAGUCAUCCAACCAGCUUCCCAAGUGAUUCCAGUCGUCCUGGCAGCUCACAGACAGACCGUAGUAGCCGGCCAACGUCUUACGCUGAGUACGACAUGGAUAAAGGUGUUGUUACUGAUCGCCAAUCUGUGUCAUCUGAACGACAGUCUGUGACAUCGGAUCGACAGUCCACAACCUCCGAACGACAGUCUUUGACGUCAGAUCGGAUGUCCAUCACCUCUGAACGGCAGUCUAUGUUGUCAGAUCGUCACUCCAUCGCCUCGGAACAACAGUCUCUUAUGGAGACUGAAAAACCUACAGAUCACCCAUUUAAAUCGAUCCACGAUUACAGUCCCAGCACUGCUCCCUUAUUGCGCCGCCUUUCCGAGGAAUACUUCAACCAGACGCAGAGAGAUGCAAAUGUGCGCCAGCUCAAUGACCAUCCAGUUGAACAAACCGUGCCAGAAGGAAAGGAAUUAAACUUGGACGACAGACGAGUAAUCAGUAAAAAAGGACCAAUUGUUAAACGACCUAUCAGGUUUGAGGAAAUUGACAUUCCCCCACCUCCUUGGGAGCGCGGCAAAAGAAACGAAAAGCGGCAGUCUCUUGAUAUUCCGUCAAAUAGAUCAGGUGACCUACAUGUUUCCAUGGAAACAGGGAAGCAGGUGGAGGCAAAUGAGAAUGAGGCUGCACCUAGCCUUCCCCGGAGAAUGAUGAUAAGAGCUGGUCCGAAUCGUAUGUCCAUGAAAAAGGCAUACGGAAUCGGCGACGAUUCUGACAUUCACCCUGAGCCUAUUUUCAAAACCAGUCGCUCAACUUCUAACAUUCCUGAAGAACCUUUGAAAGAGGAUAAAAUUGAUUUCAUGAAACGAAGCGAGAGUGAGUCCCAAUCUUUAAAAGCCAUUGAGAGAAAACUGCCGCGUUCUUCUUCAGAGCAGUUCCGUCCUAUGAAUGAACGUAUGAAAAAUUCAGGUCGUCAGGGUUCAGAUCCUGAUUUGGAACAUUCUAGAAAGUCGUCUGAUUGCUCUGAUCCUAGUGACCAGGCCCCGGUGUCCGGCCAUAACCGGUGGCAAAAUUUAUCUGAUCCAGCAAGUCAGUCAUCCAGAUCGUCAACGCCACGACAAAGCAACGAAAAACGUAGUAACUCUGAUCCAAUGCAAAAACAGUUGCCAUACUUAUCAGUGUCUGGUAAAGUGAGAACGCCCACAUCUGAGGGUAAGAGGCGUGUUGGAUCUGAUCCUUCAGUGCUUGAUGGUGAACCUGACAUAAUAAAUGACACAAAACAUGGACCUAUUUCGACCCGCUCACACGGUGCCUAUGGUAGUCAGGAUUCCGGAUACAGAUCUGACCGGACAUCUGAUCCACAGUUGAAGAAUCUCCAGCAGUGGGGACAUCUUGAUAAGCGAGCUCCAUAUGUUGAUAACAUGAGAUCUGAAGAGGUCUACUUGGCUGAGCGCAGCAUUCCGCAAACGAGAAUGGCAUCAACUUUACCACCCGGUAUGGAUGCGCCCAAUUUCAGCAAAAUGUCAGAAUAUGCUGAAAUUGAUAAACAUGCUCGGUCAGUGUCUCAAGAUCAAGGAUCUCUCUCAAAAGAUCAAGUCAACUUUCGUAACCGGCAAAAUGAUCACGGUGAGGUACCACCCCCGAGACCUGAGCGACCAAAAUCUUUUGGGGACCAGAAAUUUGAACGACUACAGCCAUCUGCUCUUAAGUCGUCACCAGAUUCUACGAACCGGCGCCGACCAGAUUCGUUGGCGACUCAUUCUAGUCUUGCUUCACCUGCUCAUCAUCGGGAUCGAGGCUAUGGUUUCGAUGGGGAAUCUCAGCGUCAGAGGAGGGAGCAUGCCGAGGAUGGUAGCCGUGAUCGGAAUUCGUAUCGUUUGUCCUAUGAUAAAGGUCUGCGACGUGGUGAUGAGGCUGAGAGGCCGGAUUCUUCCACAACUGUUGAUGGCUCGCCAACAAAGCGGGGGCCUGUGUCGAAGAGAAGUAAGACACCAGAAAGUGUGCCAAAGACAAAAGAGGUCGACCAAUCACCAUAUGCAGAUGUUUCGAGACUUUCUGCCUCUGUCAAAGGAGGGGAUCAAGCUCCCCCAUCUUCCAGUUCAACUGGCAAAGGUGACCAACACAAAUACGAACCAUACACUCCAGUUUCGUCAGAGCAAGUGGAGCAGAAACCACCGAUAUUGCCACCCAGGCUUUAUCGCACGAAAAACACGAUCCUGCAGGAGAAACCAUCGGAGGGAAAAGACCGCCAUGGACAUACGCAUGGGAAUUACGAUAAUAUUGGCGAGGUUGAACCAACUGAUGCGUACGCUGAUAUGCUGCGACAACAGGCGAUGCGUUUCACUCAUCCACAGUCCAUGAACGUGCUCAAAUACAAAUCAAUACCGCAUAACGAGACUGUGGUGACGUCGCGGCCUGUGAAGCCGGUCGAACGUUACCAGAGCGUACCGGAGUCGCAGCCUAUCAAGUACCAUCCUGCCGAACCUCUAACAUCAUCCAGACCGACAGACUUGGACAAACUGCAGGAUUUACGACCGCUGUCAACAUCGUCACCUAAACCGACCGAUGAAAACCGAAUUUCAGAAUCGGAACCUAAGAGAAAGAAAUCUCCUUCAAAAAGUAUGCAGAAUCUGAACUAUCGUGCGUCUAGUCCUGAGUUUUUCUUCCCUCCACCUCCAGACGAGCCACCUCCGCCAUCAAAGAAUUUUGGUGCGGAUACAUCAAUGGACGAUCUAUCUCUGCCAUUGCCGCCUCCGCCAUCAGAAACUGAGAUGCCAAGUGGUCCAACCGUCGAGCCGGUUCGACAAGUGCAGAGGGAGUUUGCUAAACCUUUAACCAAAUAUUCCAGCGAGUCUUACAUCACCAACAGGUCAAAUAACAUUCCUCGACGAGGCUACGGUGGAAAUUACCGACGCUCCGACAGUGGUGGGUUUAGCGCAUCGCUAGCUGCACAGAUUUCACCAACCGACCCACAUGGGGACUACGUCAAUUUAGCUGACCCAGAACCUGAGCGAAAACAGCCAAGUCCACCGAAACAGUUGUCGUAUUCGCCGAAUUCUGCGUUCACGAAUCAGAUCACACCAAGGUCCGCGAUGGAGAACGGAGACAAGGAGGACUAUAGGCGUAUGCCUGUGAGUUCACAGGUGGCGAAAUUUGAAAAGGGUGACAGUCUGUUUAAACCUAUUGACCAUGCACCUACUUAUGAAGCGAAAUCUGUGAUUGCAAAAAACGUGCUACAGCUUACGGGCAAAUUCGGUGGGAGUAAAGACAGUUUAAAUCACUCGACCGAAAGUUUGUCACGGUGUUCAGAUGGUGUGUCAAAGUCGAGUGAAAGUCUGGACAGUGUUGGCGGAAAGAACGGUGAUCGUCGGCCGUCUACACCAGACAGACGGGACUUACGGUCUUCGACACCCAAUCGGCGAGAGUUUUCAGUUGAGCGGAAAAUAUCGAUGGAUUUCCAAGAUGAAAAUGUGCCGCCGCGCUCUGAAUCGCCUGGUCGUGUUCGAACAGACUUGCCUCACUUGAGGAAAUUUAGUGCUGACGUAAUCAUGGAGAAAAAUCAAAACAAUCGCACACCUCCACCAGUUCCUGUCAAAACUAUGAAACAGGAAACACCGAAUACAAACACUGAAAACACCCAAGAGGUGAAAACACCCGAUAGGAAUUUUGAUUCACCUGAGGGAAUAAUUAGCAAGGAGAAAAAUGGCAUGAAUGCCGACAUGAUUCAAAAUUCCCCUGACACUCCGUUUAUGAAUCAGUUACGGUCAAGUACGAGUAACGAUCGGACAGUUUUCAGAGAAGUGACGCCACCCGGUGAGCAGAAUGUUACGCCGCAAUCUCAACCGGCUCCGCAACCUACACUGCCAUCUAGUGUUCAUGUCAGGCAAAAAUCACAAGAGGAAAUCGAGUGCGAUGAGGUGAUUGCAAAACUAGCAAACGAAUUGAAAGAAAAAGAUAGGAAAUUAUCGGAAGUGAUCUCUCCGCCGAACACUUAUAAACUACCACAGGAUUAUUACGGUGAUAUAUUCGACAAGGAUGUGGCGGGCGUGUCUCGACGUCUUGUCAUCAGCCCGGACAGAGGUGCUGGAUCGCCGGCUGUUCAGGCUUCCUAUCAAGAUGCUCAAGAAAAGUCCGAGUCGCCUUUGCCCCCUACCUCCCCCUAUUGGGUCUCCCCGAGUGCUGCCAACCUGGAACGGAAGAUAAGAGAAGAUGGUACAAGGAAUGAAAUGAUGGACAAUCUCGGUGAUGAUACUGCUUCAUUGGAUAGGAAAAAGGAAGAGCUGAUUGAACGCAUAGAGACCAAGUUGAAGAUACUUAGAGAAGCCAAGCAAAGCCUUUCUGAUGAUAUUGUGGAUAAUAAUGCAUUAGGAAAGCAGGUGACCAAAAUUGUCGAACAGAAGCUCGAGAAUCCGAAAGAAUUGGAUAAAUACAAGUCGUACGUGGAUGAACUGGACAAGAUCAUGCACCUGUUGUUGAAGUUGGCUGGGAGGUUGGCGAGGGCAGAGAAUGCUGUGUUGAGUCUUCCAGAUGAUGCUGCUGAGAGAGAGAGGGUGAGUCUUAUAUCCAAACGUGACAAACUCAGCGAGCAGCACGAGGACGCCAAGAAACUCAAGGAAGGAAUCGACAAGCGUUCCAAACAGGUCGCCACGUACUUACGCAAGGACUUGACUGAUGAGGAGUUUGCUGAUUACGAAGUUUUCGUGAAAAUGAAAUCAAAAUUGAUCAUGGAGGAACAGGAGAUAGAGGAUAAGAUUAUUCUCGGUGAAGAACAAUUGAAAGCGCUUUCAAAAAGUAUGCUUCAUUACCGUGAUCCUGACGACUUGGACUUCUGUUUUGACUGAAAAAAAAUUGAAAAUAGUUUUCUCAGAACGGUUUCCUCUCAUACUGAUAUGAAUGGCUGUGCUGUUCUGAAUAAACUGCUGAUUUGCUACUGGUUAUGUUUAGAGAGUGGCCUGUUUGCUCCAACUUGGGAAUUUCUCAUGCUCUCAAGUGGGGCGGGAUAAAAACCACAAGACAUCAAUUUUGCUUUGGCAUUAGAAACCCCCAAGGGUUGAAUGCGCUGAAGAUUUAGGUCGUAUAUUAGGGCACCAACCAUACCAAGAUGCCAGGCGCACACUCUGCUAUGUUUGUCAGACAACAGAAAUUGUAUAUUCUCUCCAUCAAAGCAAUAUAUCUCACAUUAUUGCAUACUCGGCAUGCUGCAAUUUCGUCAGAAGAAGACGGCUGACAAAAGAUCACUGGUCAGUGUACUGUGAACAAAGAAGGGGUGUGCUUGGCAUUGGUAACUUCAUACCAGUCAGAGGAAGUCAUUGAAAGCCACAACAAACCCAACUGCAAACAAAAGACUGCUUGGUCGCAUACGACUUGUUCUUUUGUUUGUUGUGCCUAUUUAUAGGUUUGUUUUGACUCCGAACAACCACCUCUGACUGGUAGCAUGUCAACUCUUGAAUCCUGAUAGUCUUCCGAUAGAAUAAUCUGGCUAUUAGUAGACUCCCUUUAAAGUUCAAAACAACAUCCUGAACUUUUUGGUUUUCUGUCUCUAACCAAGAAUACAUGUGCGAUCGUAUGGUUCAUUUUGGCUGAAAAAGUAUGUAAUUUAAUUCUGUAAAUAUUGUCAAGAUUUUGUGUUAGUAGAUUUAGUGAAAUAGUCGACAACCUUAACUGUCUUUGACCGUGUCUGAGAGGUGCUGAGGAGAGAUAGAGUGUUAGUACAUGGCAUGUAUUGUCUUAAUUGUCCUAGAGAGUUCGGUCUGUAGGGUCACUUCCAAUUCUGUCGCCAUUAUGUAUUUGGGAGACUUGGGAUGCUAGUGUACCCUUCGUAGUAGGCUAAGGCCCACCAUUACAUGAAUAUCCCUACUUUUAUUGCCGUAUAGAAGGGUUACUUUAUGCACUGGUAUAUCCAAGAAUUCCUUCUCUUUGAGGGUUUCUAUUUAGUACCGUAAAACGUCUCUAUUAAUCACACCAUUGGGACUAACAAAUACUGUCUUUACUUGAGAUAUCCUGAAUAAUGAGUUCAAUUUCAAUGAGAGAUUUCAUUGAAAAAUGUUUUUUGGAGACGCCCUAUACUGUAAGGUGUAAUUGUAGCUCUGUCAUAGCUGAGGGGUUCCAAUGCUUGUUUGGAGUCCUUGGAGAUAAUUUACCGAUUAAUAAACCUAUGUCUGAUCAUAUGGGUUGUCUGAUCUGGGAUCUGGGAUUAUCUGAAGAGGGAUUAUCUAUAAGCGUCAUGUCCUAAACCUGACAAUUUGAACCAUGUAGUUUUGAGUGCUUACCUAUUAUUGUCAUUAUUUAUAUUAUCAAAGGCUAUUUUUGCACAAUUAUUUGUAGGCUUGGUUUGCAUUCAAAAAUGCUGCAUAAUUAUUUAGCAAUAGAAUAUUGCAAGACAAUAACGUCACUUUCAACUAGGAGACUCACAACCUAUUGAAUUACUAACUCACUGAAGCCAAAGGACCAAAGGAUGCUGUAGUGUCAGAGCUCAUAUUGUCUCCAUUUCAUUCUCAACGUUGCAUCGCGAAUUAUCGCUAAACAUUCAAUGAAAAAGAAUGUCACGAUAUGAAUGGUAAGAAUAGUGACUCCAUGCAGUGCUGAUAAUAAGACUUCUUAAGUUUAAUUGAAUUGAGAAGAAUUAAUGGCACAAAUGUUGAGAUGAUAAGAAAAAUCACAGCAGUGAUACAAAUCCUUAUGAUAGUGCUACUCCAUUGCACAUGCAGUUGUUGCAGCCCUCCAACAGUGAGUUGGUAAUUCAAGGAUUGAGGACAGUAGCUUAGUUGAGUUCUGGUGUGAAGAUCACUUUACUAUUUCUAUAAGUUAUGAAUGAGUUCCUGAAAAUAUGGGGGAAAAUCCUGUUUGCUUAAGAGCUUUGGGAUGGAUUAUAUUAUACUUUCCACUUUUUGUUGACAAUAGCAGAUCAUACCAGCCACCCUAAAGAUCGACUUUGGGUUCUUUCAUUUUAAUCUUAUGGGUCAUUCUAUGCACCUGGCAGCCUGGUAGCCUAGUUGCCCUUAAGUUGUCAUUCAUUGUAGACUGCAAAUAUAUUUCGCCCCUAUUGAAAGACUGAACUGUUUACUUUAUAUGAGUUACUGCGGAGUAGACAAAGUAAUCAUGAACAUAUGGCCAUGUUCACAUAAUCAAGUACUGGAUAUGCUAUUGUAAUAUACCCCUCUCUGAAACCCAUUUCAAUAGCACAUGAGCCUCAUGCCCCACCUUUCUUGAGGUACCUAAUCUAGCAUUUCCAAUCGGCCAUUAAAAAACCUAGGUGACAAAUGGACCUGCCCUUAAAAUGGAACUUGACUUCGACACUUGAAGUUAGGUCAAAUUUCUUUUUCAAGUAAGAAGUGUAAAGUGAACAGUUCAGCUUUAAGUAAUGGAAAUUGUGUAUAUUUAGCUGUACUUGGUGAAUAUGUCAUAUUCUGUUUUAUGCAUUGUAAAGACAUUGAUAACAUUGCAAUAUGUAUAUCUCAUCCACAUGCUCAUUUUGUAAUCAUGUUAUGAACAGAUUAUAUGCUGCAUCAAAUAAAUCACCAUGUCAAACGAAA